GGGACAGGGCUGAACCGGAUAUCGGACCGGUUUUUGCGGUCCAAUAUGCAUCCCUAAUAAUAAUAUUGCGCUAAAUGUCCUUAUCAAGUGUCAUCACAAUUUUAUAAUUGUAUAUUUAAAAAAGGCAAUCUUAGAUUACAGCAUACUGACAGGACCCUGGAUAUAUCUGAAGACUAAUACUCCCAAGAACUUGUUUUUUUAAUAUGUCCUUACCAAAUUUACAGUUGGUGAUUGUAAUGAAGGUGGGCCUUCAACAGGCCUCCCCACUGAACUAAUACCGUACUUGCAUUUAAAUGGCCAUAUUAUUACAGAACCAAAGCACCUCGUCAAAAUUAAACUCAUCUCUACACUAUCCAGCAAAGCGUGAGAAAAAAUAAACAUGAAUACAGAAUAAUACAACAACUAAAGAUGUCGUCUUUUUGAGAAGUGGACAGACAUUUUUCACAUAAACAGAAUCGAGGCUGUGAUGGAAAAACAUCACCAGCAUUUGCAGUAUCAGUGAAAUUGCUGGGCACCCAGACUUUAAGAGGAACGAGUCAGUGGCUUGUGAAAGGCCGGUAGCCAUGCUGUGCUGGGGUAAUGCUUCCUUCGGGCAGCUGGGGGUGGGCGGAAUCGACGAGGAGAUUGUCAUCGAGCCCAGGAGCUGCAAGUUCUUCCACGGUAAAAAGAUCCGUGAUGUGGGGUGUGGGCGAAGGCACACAGUGUUUGUGCUGGAAGACGGGACAGUCUACACUUGCGGCUGUAAUGAUCUGGGGCAACUGGGCCACGAGAAGGCGAGAAAGAAACCAGAGCAUGUCGGUGCCUUAGAUGCUCAGAACAUUGUGGCAGUGUCUUGCGGGGAGGCGCACACUCUUGCCCUGAAUGACAAGGGGCAGGUGUUUGCAUGGGGCCCAGCAGCCGAUGGACAGCUGGGCCUGCCAGGUACAGAAGAGUGUGUCCGAGUGCCCAGAACCAUCAAGAGUUUGUCUGAUGUUCAGAUAAUCCAGGUGGCAUGUGGACAUCAGCACUCUCUUGCAUUAUCUAAAGGAAGUCAGAUCUUCUCGUGGGGACAGAAUAAAAUUGGGCAGCUUGGACUGGGCUGUGAAAACAAAAGCCACUGUUCUCCGCAGAUAAUUCGGUCUUUGCUGGGUGUUCCCUUUGCCCAGAUAGCAGCUGGAGGAGCCCACAGCUUCGCACUCACGCUCUCGGGGGCCGUGUUUGGCUGGGGACGCAACAAGUUUGGGCAGCUCGGCCUAAAUGAUGAGAGAGACAGGUAUGCUCCUGUACUCCUUAAGUCUCUCAGAACACAGAAGAUUGUUUACAUAAGUUGCGGAGAAGAUCACACAGCUGCACUUACCAAGGAGGGAGGUGUGUUUACAUUUGGAGCUGGAGGAUAUGGACAGUUAGGUCAUAACACUACCAGUCAUGAGAUAAACCCCAGGAAAGUCUUUGAACUGAUGGGAAGUGUUGUCACACAGAUAGCCUGUGGUAGGCAGCACACUUUAGCAUUUGUCCCCUCGUGUGGAAGAAUUUACUCCUUUGGACUGGGAGGUAAUGGACAACUGGGAACAGGAUCUACAUGUAACCGGAGUAGUCCCUUCACUGUCCAGGGAAAGUGGGUUGCACACAAUAGCCAGUGUCCUCCUAAUACAAAUAUUGAAGAAUACUGUUGUGUGAAGAGAAUUUACGCAGGUGGAGACCAAAGCUUUGCACAUUAUUACACUCCUGAGAAUUCUUUGCCAGCAGAUGAUUUCCGGAAUUCAGAUUUUCUGAGAAAGAUUUAUACAUUAAAUUAUGAAAUUAUUCAAAGGUGGUUGAACCAUGCUCAAGGCAGGCUUCCUGCUGAUAUAGCAAAUGAGAUAGAUGUGGUGUUCUCUUCUGCAAGCUGUCUAAAUGGAAGCUUCCUAUCGGACAGCCAUCCUCACCACCAUAAAACCAGCUCUAAAUUCUCAGGGGUUGACAUGAACUCAGCUAGACUGCUGUUUCACAGGCUGAUACAGCAUGAUUAUCCAAACAUUUCUCAACAGGUGGCUGCUAGCAUAGAAAAGAACCUGCUCUCUCAACUUCCCAACUCUCCACCUGAUAUCGAAGCUCUGCGAUUGUACCUUACGCUACCAGAGUGCCCUCUAUUCAGUGACCCCAACAACUUCACAACCUUAGCAAUACCCUUUGCUUUGGCUAUUGUCAGUCUGAAAGAAACGCCACUGAAAGUACUUGAAAACUGGUGGUCUAAACUUGAACCUCAGAUCUUCCAAAGGAUCGUGCAGCUCUACAAAGAAGUGGUGGUGAACCUCCUGCGAAUUCGCAAGAUUGGGAUCCCUCCCUCCGAGCAGAGGAUCUUCAACAGCUUCCUGCAUAUCGCCUUGAAAAUCUUAGAGAUUCUCCACAGGGUUAACGAGAGAUCAGCACAAAUCAUACAAUAUGACAAGUUCUACAUUCACGAAUUACAUUCCCUGAUAGACAUUAAAAAUGACUACAUCACCUGGAUACAGCAACAGAUGUAUGGGGUGGACCUCAACCAAGGAUUGGAGAUGCCGGAUAUGCCUGUCACAAUUUGCACAUACCCUUUUGUCUUUGAUGCCCAAGCUAAGACGACGCUAUUGCAAACUGAUGCAGUAUUGCAAAUGCAGAUGGCUGUUGACCAGGCGCACAGGCAGAACUUCUCCUCGUUCUUCUUGCCAGUGGUGGAGUCUGUGGACCCGUGUCUGAUGCUUGUAGUGAGGAGGGAAAACAUUGUAGGGGAUACAAUGGAAGUGCUCAGGAAAACCAAGAAUCUGGAUUACAAGAAGCCGCUCAGGGUGAUCUUUGUUGGGGAGGAAGCUGUGGAUGCAGGAGGUGUUCGGAAAGAAUUCUUCCUGCUCAUAAUGAGAGAGCUGCUGGAUCCCAAAUAUGGCAUGUUUAGAUAUUACGAAGACUCGAGGCUUAUCUGGUUCUCUGACAAGACCUUUGAAGACAUUGACUUGUUCAAUUUGAUUGGUGUUAUCUGUGGCCUGGCGAUCUAUAACUUGACGAUUGUAGAUCUGCAUUUCCCCCUGGCAUUGUAUAAAAAGCUUCUGAAGAAGAAUCCUACACUAGAUGAUCUGAAGGAGCUGAAGCCUGGUGUAGGCAGAAGUAUGCAGCAGCUACUGGAUUAUCCAGAUGAUAAUGUGGAGGACGUAUUCUGUUUGAAUUUCACAAUUACUGUGGAAAAUUUUGGUGCAACAGAAGUCAAAGAACUUAUUCCAAAUGGUGACGAUGUUGUUGUUAACAAACACAACAGACAGGACUUUGUCAAUGCCUAUGUGGACUAUGUCUUCAAUACAUCAGUUGCUCCAUUAUUUGAAGCCUUCUAUGAAGGCUUCCACAAAGUGUGUGGAGGUAAAGUUCUUCAGCUCUUCCAACCCAACGAGCUCCAGGCCAUGGUGAUUGGAAACACCAACUAUGACUGGAAAGAACUGGAGAAGAGUACAGAGUAUAAAGGAGAGUACUGGGCAGACCAUCCCACUAUAAAGCUCUUUUGGGAAGUGUUCCAUGAGCUGCCUCUGGAGGAGAAGAAACAGUUUCUUUUGUUUUUGAGUGGCAGCGACCGCAUUCCUAUCCUGGGGAUGAAGAGCCUCAAGCUGGUGAUCCAGCCUACUGGAGGAGGGGAGCAGUACCUGCCAGUGGCUCACACCUGCUUCAAUCUCUUAGACCUGCCAAAAUACACAGACAAACAAACCCUGAGAGCCAAGCUCAUCCAGGCCAUCGACCACUAUGAAGGAUUUAAUUUAGUGUAAAAAAAAAAAAAAACUUAUUGCUUGCCUUAUCAGAUGCAGUAUUUCUAUUUCUAAAGACUAUCUGGACACAUACUGGCAAGUUUGAAAGUGAGACAAAAAACACAAACCAAAAGUCUUUCAAUGGAAGAGGAACUGAAAUAUGCCUGCUGAUAAAAGCUACCAGUUAGCUGGUAGUCCACUUGUUACAAGAACCCUGUACUUGUAACAAUACACCCAUCGGAUUCACCCUCUACAAAGACUGAAGCUGUGUCAUUUUCCUAUGGUGGGGGUGAGAGUGUGAACAAACUGCUUUAUGCUUUUGUAAAGUAUCAAUGCUAUAUAUAUAUAUAUAUAUAUAUAUAUAUAUAUAUAUAUAUAUAUAUAUAUAUAUAUAUUAAUUAGUGUGUAUUUAGCCUUUCGUUUGUUAUUACAUUAAAUGCGUUUAACAGUAGCAGCUACUUUAUUUUCUUAUUUUGCAAUACAGCAUUACAUUUCCGCACUGGUUCUUGACAUAUCACUCAAAUGAAUGUAAUAGCUUAUUGUGUGUAAUGUGUUGAUUUCUUUAUGGACUUGUACAGGACCCUGUACACUGUUCUGAAAAAAGAAACCAAUCUUCAAAGCAUCGGUGCAUAUAAUUAAACUAAGACCUUAAGUUUUUACUUUGAAGGUGUGUUUAUUAACAUGAGGUGCACCUGCAUCAAAUGUUCUGGUUUUAGGAUCAACCCUGAUCACUCCUACAAUUUCAUAGGGAAAUGGUGUAACAUGCAUGUGGUGUUUAGUUAUAAAUCAAACAGGGAUGCUUUUCUUUUUGUUGUAAAUGCAUUAAAUUCAAGCUUCUGAUUUCUGUUGAUACAAUAUUUGUUUUACCCAAUUUCCCCAUAGCCUGUGUGUGUGUGUG